GAUUAGCCGAUCGUAGUAGCAUAUAAAAUGCGCAUCUCGGCACUUCAAAUACCAGUUUUUGGAUAUUACGAACUGCGAAUACCGAAGUGUUGUCCAAGUCAACGCCAGUUACCAAUCGCAGCUUGAGUAGAGAGGCAACACAACCCAACCAUGAAGCAGUUUAUAGUUUUGGUCGCUUGUUUGCUGGGAGCCGCUACGGCCGAUGUGUCCCAUCUGGUCACCCCGGAACCGAAGGUUCCAGCAAGUCCGUAUGUGUUCAGCUACCAGGCUGGUCGAGCUCCCGGCCAUGUGGACCGCCAGCACACUGAGGUGUCCGAUGGCUCGGGUGUAAUCCGCGGCGCUUUCUCCUAUGUGGACCCCAAGAACCAGGUGCGCACCGUGCAGUAUGUGGCGGAUGAGCACGGUUUCCAUCCUCAGCUGAGCCACAAACUGGAGGACAGUGCCGCCGUCCAGGCAGCCAAGCAAAGGCAUUUCGCUGCCUACAAUCGCAUUGCGCAAGAGCAUGCCAACCACACACCAGGCCAAGUGGCACUAGAUAAUGCUCCGCAUGCCAGCGCCGCCGUUGCACAUGCCACCCAGAAGCACCUGAGCGCCUUCGAGCGGAUCGCCGCCGAGCACGCGGCCAUUGGACGCCAACAGGAGGCACAGCGUCUGGCACUGGCCGCCCAAUCCGAGCAUGGAGGGAUCGAGGAUGGUCAGUACCAUCCAUAAGACUGUUGAAGCAGUCUGCUGAAUGAUAUUAAAAUAAACGGAUAGUUUCCAGAAACAUCAA